GUACCAGGAAGUGAAGUGACUCUAUUGAACAGUAUGCAUUGUUUGGAAAGGCUUCCACUGUUCUGAAUUUCCUUGUGUUUACAGCAUCAGUUCAUAUAGAGGAUCAACAUGAUGCCAAUUUCAGUUUUCGCCCCUGAGUUAGACACUGUGUUACAGCUGUGUGGCAAAUGUCCUAAUGAAACAGAUGUGUAAUUGUCUAGAUUAACGGCAGGCCAAUGGUUUAAAGAAAACUGUCGACACAGCCAGUAUGAAGCUUCAAUGAAUUGAGCACUCUAAUUAAAAUCGCUCUGAAAUGCUACCUCAGUCUUUCACAUUGUUGAGUCUCCAGUUACUUAUUUAAACAAGCCUAGCCAAACUGUCAAAUGAAAUAUGUAUGUGGGAUCCAGCCGUUUAGGCGAGUUACAAGAGGAAAUGACAAGUGAAAAUAAACCAGAAGAGGGCACCGUUUACCUAAGUAGACCAUCAUGGCUGCCAAGUUUUUCAUAACGUUACUACUACUUUGCUUGACGUCCAACGCGGAUAAUUAGUGUGUUCUGUCCUUGCAGGAAACAUUGACGUAUGUUACAGUUGCAUACAGCCAUACAGUCAUAUCGUCAGCCUUAGCUUAUAUUGAAACAAAUAUGAAGGAUGAUGAUAAAGCAAAUUUCUUCUCAGUCAACAGUUAUAUUAAAACAGUGUGAUGCAAAAAACAACAAAAGGUGCUUCUUUACAGAUUAAGCAACUACUGGUCAAUGCAGAUUACACUCUUGCGCAAGCGCCUUACAUCCUCACUGUAGCUCAGUUCAUAGUGAGACGUUUUUAAGAAAUCAGCCAAUCACAAGGUGCUUCUGAAGUUAUGCUGUGCUGCAGAUGCUUUAGAGGUCGCCCAUGCAAUACGUGUGAAUGAGUUUUGCCCCUGUGUUUCCUAAUGAUGUCGGGACUUACUUCCAUCUUCUUACCGCUAUUCCUUGCGGAGGGGCCCGCGAGAGAAGCUAUUUCUGUUCAUGUCAAUGGCUCUAUUUUGCCACUGAUACCUAAAAGUUACAAUAUUUUCUACUGAUCAAGGAAACCACGAAAACAACUGUGAUCACACCAACCGCAGUCAAGACUGUAGUCGUCUUUUUCGACCGGAGAACCUCUGCUAGACAGAUCUUUUCCGCGUCUAGCCAGUCAGAUGAUGAAGUGAAGGACUACCUCUAAUCAAGUGUGUAUGCCGGUGAGAACAAGGGAAAGCCGAGCGCGCACAGAAGGAAGGAAUAGGAGACUAUUCGAUACCAAAUCGGGACACAUGUUGAGCUAACGGACCACUCCACCUCCAUCUCCCUCCCUUGGCGGAUCUUGCCUUUUCUUUUCCUUGUUUUUAAUUCCUGUUGAAGAGGCAAGCGGCUCAAUUCGUCUUGGCUCAAGGCGCCUUCCUGUCGGAUUACUAAACUAUGGAUCUCAGUAAAAUGGCAGUAAGCAUCAACAAGGCCAUCAACACACAGGAGAUUGCGGUCAAAGAGAAGCAUGCUAGGACGUGCAUCCUGGGCACCCACCAUGAGAAGGCGGCUCACACCUUCUGGGCGGCCGUCAACCGCCUGCCCCUGUCCAGCAACGCCGUGCUCUGCUGGAAGUUUUGCCACGUCUUCCACAAGUUGCUGAGGGACGGCCAUCCCAAUGUCAUAAAGGACUCCAUGAAGAACAAGGCGGACCUGACUGACAUGAGCAGGAUGUGGGGGCAUUUGAGUGAAGGUUAUGGAAAGCUGUGCAGCAUCUACCUCAAACUGCUCAUCACCAAAAUGGAGUUCCACAUCAAAAACCCCCGUUUCCCUGGCAACCUUCAGAUGUCAAACAGACAGCUCGACGAGGUGGGAGAGAACGACGUCAACAAUUUUUUCCAGAUGACUGUUGAGAUGUUUGACUACCUGGAGUGUGAGCUGAAUCUCUUCCUGGCAGUGUUCAGCUCGUUGGACAUGUCGCGCUCCGUCUCCGUGACUGCGGCAGGUCAGUGUCGGCUGGCACCACUGAUCCAGGUGAUCCUGGACAGUAGCCACCUCUACGACUACACCGUCAAACUGCUAUUCAAACUCCACUCCUGCCUGCCAGCAGAAACACUGCAGGGGCACAGGGACCGCUUCCAGGAGCAGUUUAAGAAGCUGAAGAGUCUGUUUUACCGCUCCAGUAACCUACAAUACUUUAAAAGACUCAUCCAGAUCCCCCAGCUUCCAGAGAAUCCUCCUAAUUUCCUGCGGGCGUCGGCCCUGUCGGAGCACAUCAGCCCGGUGGUGGUGAUCCCGGCGGAGUCCUCUUCCCCCGAGAGUGAGCAUGUGGUGGAGACGGAAGACCUGGUGGACACGGACAUCCCCCCACAGCCGGCUGUGGUGGAGACCAGGUUUGAUGAUCUUUUCGGAGCUGCCACAGACCCUUUCAACUUCAACAGUCAGAACGGCAUGCGCAGACAUGACGACAAAGACCGUCUCAUCCAGCAGCUGACGGCAGAGAUCCAGGCCCUGAAGGAGGAGCUGGAGACCUUCAGAAUUGAGAGCGGGCGUCUGUGCCAGGCGCUGCGUGGGCGCGUGAGCGAGCUGGAGGCCGAGCUGGCUGAACAGAGCCACCUGAAGCAGCAGGCGCUGGGCGAGAGCGAGUUCCUGCGCGCCGAGCUGGACGACCUGCGCCGCGUCAAGGAGGACACGGAGAAGGAGCAGCGCAGCCUGACUGAGAUCGAAAACAUGGAUAAAGAGAAGGCCCAGGCCAAUGAGCAACGCUACACCAAGCUGAAGGAGAAGUACACAGAGCUGGUGCAGAGUCACGCUGACCUGCUCAGAAAGAAUGCAGAAGUGACUCGUCAGAUGACGGUAGCACGGGUGGCUCAGGACGAGGUGGACAGCGUGAGGAGGGAAAUGCAGGAGAAAGUGAAGGCUGCCCAAGACGCUUCUGAACAACAGGAAAAGGCUCAAUUGGAGCAGCUCCAGGGCCUGCAGGCAGAGCUGCACUCCAGCAGGACAGAGCUGGAGACCCUUAAGGGGAGCGUGAUGUCCUCCCAAAAGUCGAGUGAAGAGAUCAGUACUCAGCUCUCAGCGCUGGAGUUGGAGAAGGUGGAGCUGGUGGCAUCCGUGUCCAAGAAGGAGGCGGAGCUUGCCAGCAUCGGGGAGGAGUUGGAGCGUGUGCAGAACAGCUUGGCCACCGGGAGGGAGAGCGGGGUCAAGGCUGCUGAGGCACUGCAGAACCAGCUCAAUGAGAAGGAGAGCCGGGAGCAGGCGCUGGAGGCCCAGCUGGAGGCGCAGCGCUGGGGGGCCCUGGAGGGGGCGCUGGAGGAGGCCGGCAGGAUCAUCCAGGACUGCCUCAGCCAACUGGACGACCCCACACACAUCAGCUGCACCAGCUCUGCCGACUACCUUUUGUCCAGGUGCCAGGCUGCAGUGGAGUGUGUUGAGAGACUACAGGCUGCGAGAGACGGCUUCCAUGCAGACAGCACAGGUGUGUCAGAGCUGGUGCAGGCCGUCACCCAGUUCGCCCACCUGGUCGGGGACACCAUCAUCCAGGGCAGUGCCACCUCACACAUGGUGCCAGUGGAUCAAGCAGAUGUGCUGUCCAGCAGUGUGAAGUCGUGCGGGGCGGAGGCCCUGGCUCUGCUGGCCCAGCUGCGGGACAGGGCCACUCUGGCCACUGCAGACAGCAGCAAGCUGAAGGAGGUGCUGGAGGGAAUCAAGGCCACCGCCGAGAAGCUGCGCCCGCGUGGUCUGGAGCUGAAGCAAGGGGAGCUGGGAGAAAUGGUGGAGCAGGAGAUGGCUUCCGCAUCAGAGGCAGUGGAGUCAGCUGCAGCCAGGAUAGAGGAUAUGCUUAACAAGUCCCGAGCUGUUGACACUGGAAUCAAAAUGGAGGUCAACGAAAGGAUUCUGGCCUCCUGCACAGACCUCAUGGCAGCAAUUAAAGUGCUGGUGCUGUCCUCCAAAGACCUUCAGAGUGACAUCGUGGAGAGUGGCCGGGGAGCGGCGUCCAUGAAGGAGUUCUACGCCAAGAACUCCCGCUGGACCGAGGGCCUGAUGUCCGCCUCUAAGGCCGUGGGCUGGGGGGCCACUGUGCUGGUGGAUGCGGCUGACAUGGUGGUGCAGGGAAAAGGCAAGUUCGAGGAGCUGAUGGUGUGUUCACACGAGAUCGCAGCCAGCACUGCCCAGCUCGUGGCAGCGUCCAAGGUGAAGGCAGACAAGGGCAGUCCUAACCUAGCUCGACUACAGCAAGCUUCCAGAGGAGUCACCCAAGCUACCGCUGGUGUCGUAGCAUCAACCAAGUCCGGCAAAUCUCAGAUUGAAGAGACUGACACUAUGGACUUCUCCAGUAUGACUCUAACCCAGAUCAAGAGACAGGAGAUGGACGCACAGGUGCUGGUCCUGGAAUUAGAGACGCGCCUGCAGAAGGAGAGGGAGCGAUUGGGAGAGCUGAGGAAGAAACACUACGAGCUUGCUGGAGUAGCAGAGGGCUGGGGAGAACAGGAGGAGGGAACAGGUUGAGACUUGCCACACAACAGCAGCUUUUUCAAGGCUGGGCCUCUCUCUUCUCCUCUCUUCUCUUUCCCUGUCUCUCUCUCUUCCUCCCCCCUCCUCUCUCUCUCUUUCUCAGUCACUCUCCCCUGCUCCUGUAUUCACACAUGUAACUCAGACGUCUUCUUCUACUCUCCUCUCAUCUUUAUUUUCAUUCUGUAAUUGCAAAGUGAAGCCAAAUAAAAAGGUGCUUUUUUAUUUUUAUUAAACAAACCCUUCUGGCCCUGCUGCUGCUGUGGAGAGGGGAGACUUCCGUGAGGAUAGUAAGUAGACGGCACAAACAGCGACAAGAUGGAGCACUCUUCCCAUCCGGGGGCCACAGACUUGCAGCAGAGACCGCAGGCUCGCCGAUAACUACAUGUAUUUAUUUGAGGAUUGUUUGCUUUCUCCUGACUUGUCUCCUAAUAUGUGUUUGGAGGUGGGGUUGCAGUUCAGUCCCCAUCCAACUCCCACCCAGGCACAACCCCUUGACCCCUUGACCCCUCUCCCCUCCUGCUGCCCCUUCAACCCCAAGCACAGAUUCCUCCUUCAGCGUUGACUGUAUGACACACAACACAGGGGCAAGUCUACACUGUGCCGUGACUGAUCCUCCAUUACGGAUACCAGAAACUAGUGCUUCUCAAACAGUAGCGUCGGCCACCUCCACCUGGUGUCUGUCUCUCCGUCUCCAUGACUGGACCCAAAAAAAGGAAAGAGGGGACGGGUUUUGGAGACACAUUGCACUCUCUAACCGCUAGAGAUUUCUGUUCUGUUCUGGGCCGAACCAUUAAGCCUUCCUGAUCCAGUUCCUGCACAGUGUACCACACUUGCUUCCACACAACAGUGGCCUUGCUCUGGACUCUGGACUCUAUAGAGAGAUAUGAGCCAAUGUGUUGGACACAUCCACACACAACAUACACAGGUGACCCACAAGUGACCACCUUUCUCUGAUCUGAUCCGAUAUGUUUCGAUGAAUUAUUUGACACCAAGCCUCCUAAUCUCAUUCUGCCGGUCUCUCUCUCCCUCUCUCUCGCUCCCCCCCCCCCCUCUCUCUCUCUCUUCCUUUUCUCUCUCUCACUUUUGUAGUACAUCUGUGUGUGCAACGAUUGACUUCAAAACUAACUUGACAUCAGAACAUGAUACAUGCCAGGCUAUAACUUUACAGACAGAUAUCUGGGUGGCUUUUGUGUUUUGUUGAUGGAAAGGGUGGUUCUUGAACCCUUCUGACUCGGCUCUGGAGUGUGUAGGCUGCUCUACCCAUUAGAGACUCAUUUCCCAAUCUGGCAGACGCGAGCUCACAUGCAUUUGUGUGUAACUCUGAAGUUAAAGUCCAUGACUGAGCUAGAUAUGACUGUUUGUUGUCGAACUCCUUUUCCCUCUGCCAGUGUUGUUCGGUGAACUGGGUCAUACACUGUGUCACAGACAGACGGCCUUAGAAACAAAAGAGAACUGGUUCAUUUGAGACUGUUAAUAGGAAAUAGACUGAAUUAAUGGUGUGGUGCGUAAAGUGGAGGACUUUUGAUGCAUACAGGCACAAACUGAACACUGUCCCGAGGGCCUGAGGUAAUAGUUUUGGAUUCAGUUAAGAGGAAGUUUCUUCUAGUUGAGAGCGAGAGAGAAAGAAAGAGCUGGCAUCUGUCUUCUCCAGACCUACUUUUGCCUCCAUUCUCACACACACACACACACACUCACACACACUCCAUAACUGAAUAGAGAACAUACAUUUGUGCCUUCCAGUGUGAUAAAGGACAACAUUUCACAUACUUUAAUACUUCAGUGUUGACUAGAAGUUGUAACUGAGCAGUAAACACCAUAUGCUUUCAAACUUUAUCCUUUUUUAUUUAAAAACAAAAAAAAGCUUUAACUCAGUAUUGUAGCAGAGGUGCAUAGGCAAGUGGGCCCAUCUUCCCUCAUCUUUGGUAUUUAGUUUAAUUUGCUUUGGUUUACCUCUGAGCUUCCAAUCUGACUUGUAUAUUCCUCAAACCGGUAUUGACAAGGAGGGACCUUUACAAGUGAAGGGGGGUGGGGGCAGAGUAAUGUAUCUUCCAUUCUCCUUGCUCAUUCAGAAGAUUGAGCUGGUCACUGUUGAAGCAAUUUUCAGGGCCAAACAGCCUUUUAGACCGUUACUGUCUGUCAGCACAACACAACUCCAGCCAUUGGAAAUACUUAAGAGUUUGCCAGCCAACCACCAGGGCCAUGAUUACCUCAGCCAGGCAUCCCUCGAACCACACAGGACAUCCUCCAGACAGGGAAGGGGUUUAUUAGCAUUCUUAAACUUAAGCUAGAACCAUGAGUUUCACUAGUGUUUGUGUGUGUGUGUGUGUGUGUGUGUGUGUGUGUGUGUGUGUGUGUGUGUGUGUGUGUGU